GUGCGCCGAGCUGAUAAAGGCGCCAUUUUGGAGGGGCCGCGGGAGACGUGGUGUCGCUGCGGGCUUGCUCUGCCGUGCGCUAGGCUUGGUGGGAAGGCCUGUGCUCGAGUCCGCGCUUUUCGUCGCCGCCAUGUCGGGAGGUGGUGUGAUUCGUGGCCCGGCAGGGAACAACGAUUGCCGCAUCUACGUGGGUAACUUACCUCCAGACAUCCGAACCAAGGACAUUGAGGACGUGUUCUACAAAUACGGUGCUAUCCGCGACAUCGAUCUCAAGAAUCGCCGCGGAGGACCGCCCUUCGCCUUCGUUGAGUUCGAGGACCCUCGAGACGCGGAAGACGCGGUGUAUGGUCGCGACGGCUAUGAUUACGAUGGAUACCGUCUGCGGGUGGAGUUUCCUCGAAGCGGCCGUGGUACAGGCCGAGGCGGCGGCGGGGGUGGAGGUGGCGGGGCUCCCCGAGGCCGCUAUGGCCCCCCGUCCAGGCGUUCUGAAAACAGAGUGGUUGUCUCCGGACUGCCUCCAAGUGGAAGCUGGCAGGAUUUAAAGGAUCACAUGCGUGAAGCAGGUGAUGUAUGUUAUGCUGAUGUUUACCGAGAUGGCACUGGUGUCGUGGAGUUUGUACGGAAAGAAGAUAUGACCUAUGCAGUUCGAAAACUGGAUAACACUAAGUUUAGAUCUCAUGAGGGAGAAACUGCCUACAUCCGGGUUAAAGUUGAUGGGCCCAGAAGUCCAAGUUAUGGAAGAUCACGCUCUCGAAGCCGUAGUCGUAGCAGAAGCCGUAGCAGAAGCAACAGCAGGAGUCGCAGUUACUCCCCAAGGAGAAGCAGAGGAUCACCACGCUAUUCUCCCCGUCAUAGCAGAUCUCGCUCUCGUACAUAAGAUGAUUGGUGACACUUUUUGUAGAACCCAUGUUGUAUACAGUUUUCCUUUACUCAGUACAAUCUUUUCAUUUUUUAAUUCAAACUGUUUUGUUCAGAAUGGGCUAAAGUGUUGAAUU